AUGGCCCUCAUAUCAAUCAUCGCGGUGGUAGUCGUCGUUGCUGUCGUGUCAUUCAUCAACUAUCUGAACAACAGCAAGAAGAACCAACUACCGGCAGGAGUACAGAGACUGCCAGGCCCAAAAGGCUAUCCAAUCCUUGGCAGUGUAUCAGACGUGCCAGACAAGAAUAGUUUUCUGAAGUUUCACGAAUGGGGCCAACAGUAUGGGCCUAUCUACCAAGUCAACCUUGCCGGCCAAAACCAUGUCUGGAUCACACGAGAUAGUGUUGCCCAAGAAAUCCUCGGCAAGCGUGCUGCCAACAACUCCGAGCGUCCUUUCAUUCCAUCUCUGCAAGCCGACAACCGUAACAGCGGUCACUAUCUUCCUCUGAUGUCUCGAAACGAACUAUGGACAAGACAGAGAAAGUUCGCGAAGCAGAUCAUGGACAAAUCAUCAGCGAAUGCCUUUUACAACUACCCUGAGCUCGAGUCUGUUCGUCUUCUCUUCGAACUCAUGACCGAUCCUUCUCGAUACAAUCACGCGCUGGAAUCUUUCAUCUCAAGAGUCACUUGCAGGCUGGGAUGGGGCACUGCAGCUCCGUCCGAUGAGCUCAAACAGCGAGCCAGAGAACUGCUCAUAGGUGUCUCACCUAACGGCGCGUUGACCAACAAACUCGGUUUCCUCAAAAAGCUUCCCGAAGCUAUCGUCCCAGCAAAAGCUUGGGAGUUUCGCAGAUACAGAACCGAGUCUCGCUUCUUCACCAUACUGCAGAACGAAGUUAGGGAGAAGCUCAAGAGCAAGACUGCUCCAGAGUCUUGGAUGCGUCAUUUCCUGGAGAACAAGACUGCGACUGGCUUCGCGUCUGAUCUCGAAGGCGCUUAUGCUGUCGGUAUGCAUGGCAUUGCUGGAGCUCUGACAAUCGCUGCGCCCAUGCAAAGCUUCUGUCUCGCCAUGUGCCAUCAUCCACAGUACCAGUCAAUACUUCACGAGGAGAUCGACCGAGUCUGUGGCGAUAGGUUGCCGAAGCUCAGUGAUAUGCCAGACAUGCCUGUGCUAAGAGCCUUUAUCAGAGAGACACUGCGCUGGCGUCCUCCUGUCCCGACUGGCAUUCCUCACGAGUCUGUGAAGGACGAUAUCUACGAAGGCUACCUGAUUCCUGCUGGUUCCGUCAUGCACCCUCUCGAAUGGUCUAUCAGUCGUGAUCCAGAAGUUUUUCCCGAGCCCGAUGCAUUCAACCCAAUGCGUUGGUUGGAGACCAAGUACCCAACCUACCAAGAACCUCUGACCAAAUAUCCUACCAUCACCCAGUACAGUCAGUUCGGCUAUGGACGUCGCAUUUGUGCAGGCAUGGGUGUCGCCGAAGCUGAUCUCUUCGUCGGUAUUGGCAGUUUGGCAUGGAUGUUCUCUCUCAGCGCCAGCGACGCCGAAGCCGAGAAAGCCGCAGAACUACCCAAGGAACCCGUUCCGUCAUCAUUGCCAGUCCACAAAGAAGCCGAGAAAGCAACAUCACUACCAUCAGGCAUGCAAACACCUCCAUCAGAGACCGAGAUUGAAGAACAACUCGACGAACACUUUUCAGAAAAGAUGCUGCCAGCAGACACCUCUAUGCUCUCCCGCAAGAAGACCGUCAAGAAGCCAAAGUCUCUCGAGUCUGGCGGCGGCCUCAGCCGAGCAAAGACUGUGACUUACAAGCUGCGUCUACCAGGCUCAUCACUGCCAGGUCAAUUCCCCGCUUUCUUCGAACAACACACCGGCCCCGACACACCUCCCUCGUCACCAAAAGCCCGCACCGCAAUGGCAGGAACACCAGACAUGCCAGCCGUCGACAACAUGUUCAACAGCGCCGCCGACGAAAAAGCUUCAAAACCAGACCCUACACUCGAAUACUCGAGUUUGUUGAUUGCCAAACCUCUACCUUUCAAAUUCAAUAUGAAGAUCAGGAAUAAGAAAAAGGCUGAAUACGUCGCGAGAGAAUGGAUGUUUUAUAAGAUGGAUGGCGAGUUUGAGGAUUCGAAGUGUUAUUGGGAAGGUGGGAAUGCUGGAAACAAUAUGUAUGGGUGGGGUGAGGUGCACAAAUGAUGCGAUGUGUUCGGGCUGGCCAGCUUGCUGUGCUGUUCAUUCCUUCUCUUUUUGCUCCUUUUACUUUCCUUUCUCGUUGGGCUUCUCCUUCCUCUUGUCAUGACUCUCGCUGUAUAAGCUUUCUCGUUUUCUCACUCGCCUACGACUCAUUCUUUUGAUACCUUAGCAUCAAG